UUCGUGUUUUCGUCAAUGAAAGUUGAAUAGCGAUUCAUUUCAAUCCAAUAUGAAAAAAACCGUUCGCUUUGAGAAGUCGUUGAAAAACUACCUAAAAAGUUUGAAAACUGAUGGAAUUACUCCGGGCUUGUUAUUAGGACAGAGUUCCAGUGAUCAUGAUUUCGUUGUCCAUCUUGCUCGAACUCCAAUACCUAAAGAGAAUUCAUGUACUGAGAUCUGUCAUUUGAAGCAGAUUCAAAAUUUAAAGGAAGAAUGGAUCAUAGAUCACAUGAGAAAUGUGAUACAAAUGUUACCGGGUGGUAUGACUAUAUUGGGGUUAUUUUUUGUUGGAGACGUGAAUCUGUUUUCUAAUUCCACUGCUGUUGCAUGUUUGAAAAAAAUUCUUGGAGCUGUUGAUAAAUUCGUUCAAGAAAAUGAAUAUUAUUUCAUAGAACUGAAAUUAACUCCUAAACUAGUGUUGAAUUGCAUCGAAGAUACUAAUUUCAUAUGCAAACAAUUCAGUACAUCACAAAGUGGUCAAUUGGAUUCUGUGGAUUGUGUUUGGAAUUGCAACGAUUGGCAUCGUAUAAGCUGUUAUUAUGAUUUUCAACAUUUAUUGCCUCUCUAUGUGAAAUCCAUUUCGAAUGUUAUUCUGCAUGAAAAAAUCAUGGAUAUUUUGAAGUACGUCAGCAAAUCAGUGAAAGAAUCCAUACUAUUAUUAAACGGCGAACUCAAAAAUCAAAUGGAUUUGAUCAAAAACAUCAAAGAGAAAGUUAACGAAAGAAUAGUACAAAAUGCAACUGAAUCUGAAGCACCAAGUCAAAUCGUGGCUGAUUUAUAUGCUCCCUGCGGAAAACAAUUUUCUCAUGAAGUAUUUGAAGUAUGCGAUUAUAAUGCUGAACUGAAGUGUUUUGGAACUUUGUGUAGUGACGUAUAUUUACACAACGAAGCCACUGUGCAUGAAGCCAUUAGAGCCAUCAAAGAAGAUAUUAUUCGAUCGCUUUAUUCCCGUUUAAUGAUGCAUUGCAAUUCUUUAAUGGAAGAUCUGAGCACAACUUCGGCCGAAGAAUCUAAGAUAAUUCACGAACCACCACGUCGCGUAUCUGUGUAUUUGCCUCAUUCAAAAGUCCGUUUUACUGAUUACCUGUUCCCCGGAGAAGACACUUUGGGUACGUUACCAGCAAAAGAACAACUAGAUAUCCCCGCUAGCAACGACCAGCAAAUUUUAUAUGAAUCAUUGGAAGUUGAAACAGAUGCGGCUGAAUUUUACAACGGUGAUAGUGUAAUAAAUGCAAUAAGUCAGACCACAGAAGUAAAAAAAAAUCACCUUCAAUAUAUUUUGUCUUUUGGAAUCAUUUUCUCGAUAAUAAUCGUCGUGAUAGCCAUACUCUACCAAAGAUUGCGUUUGUAACUUUUUUCAUAUAUAUACACCUAUCCUGGAAGCGAAGUCGACUUUUUAGAAGCGUCUUCAUUUAUGUAUUACAAACUAAUAACAGUUCGAGGCUAAAAUUACGCAUGCUUUUAUUUCUGUUCUGAUUUUAACAUUCCUACUCUUCUUGCUGAAAAAUAUGUCUGUGAUCAUUUAUCAUCUGUAAUGAUGUUUUACGUCGUGAAAUUAUACAUUGUUGACGUAUACUUAUACUGAGUUCUUUCUUCAAACGUAGGUACUAGGUUCAAUUUCAUAGAAUAUCAACAGAAUUUCAUAAGUGCCUAAGCGAUUCGAGUUGAACCACUUUUUGGCCUAAAUGUUCACAUGAAGUUGAGCUGUGUAUUUUUUAGUCUAUAUUAAAAAUACUGUUGGUUGUUUUUUAAUUUAUAUUCUAUUUUGUACCACGAAUUACAUUGCCUAUGUUUAUGA